AUGAGGGCGUCUUGGAGCGGAGCACUUCUCGUGCUGGCCACUCUGGGCUCCGUCCAUGCGAACAAGUAUGAAAAUGCUUGCCCUGCAUACGAGCACUACGCCCGCUUCGCGCACCACCCAUACAGCGAUGGACCCAUGGAACUCCCCUAUCAACGCCCUUCUAAGCAUUGCCGUACCUUUGAAUCGGAGCUGGUCGAGAAGAUCAUCAAGGAUUUGAAUGCUAGCCUGGUGGAUCGAGACCUCGCCAGGCUGUUCGAAAAUGCCUUUCCCAAUACCUUGGACACGACGGUGAAGUGGCAUGAGGAUGGUACAAGACAACAUGAGGAGAGCAAGAUACAGCAGAUUUUCAAAAUGGGAGCACAGGAUGCUUGGGCAGGCCCGCAAAGCUUCAUCGUGACUGGGGACAUCAAUGCGGAGUGGCUUCGGGAUAGCACGAACCAACUGGCACAAUACCAGCGUUUGGCAAAGAAGGACAAGAAGAUUGAGAGCUUGAUCCUCGGGGCCAUCAAUACGCAGGCGGAGUAUGUGAUUGAAUCACCGUAUUGCAACGCAUUCCAACCUCCUCAACCGAGCAAGCUCCAUCCCACAGACAACGGACAAACAGACAAUGUCCACCCAGCAUACGAGCCAGGCAUAGUAUUCGAGUGCAAAUACGAACUAGACUCGCUAGCCCACUUCCUGUCUCUCGGAAACCAAUUCUACAGCCACACCAGAUCCACGGCUUUCCUUACGCCGCGAUGGUAUCUCGCAUUGGAAAGUCUGCUGAAAGUUCUCGACCAGCAGAGCAGAUCGACUUUCGACGAGGAAACGAAGUCGUUCAAGCGUCAAGAAUAUCGCUUUCAACGGAACACCAACACUGGCACCGAGACUCUCUCCCUUGAGGGAAAUGGGAAUCCUCUCAAUUGGGGCACUGGACUGGUCAGAUCGGCCUUUAGGCCCAGCGAUGAUGCGACGAUAUUUGGUUUCUUCAUCCCCGCGAAUGCGAUGAUGGCCGUCGAGCUGAAGCGCGCGGCGGAGAUGUUGACUGCUGCAGGGAAGCCUCACAUCGGGCAGACUCUGAAGACACGCGGGGAAAUCAUUGAGAAGGGUGUUUGGGAGCACGGUGUGGUAAACCACAAGAAAUUCGGUCCUGUAUUUGCGUACGAGGUGGACGGCUACGGCUCUGCUCUACUCAUGGACGAUGCGAACCUUCYCUCCCUGUUGGCGCUUCCUCUCCUCGGCUUCGUCAAGACGGAUGAGCGGACUUWUCAGAACACUCGGAAGAUGAUCCUGUCGAAGGAAGGUAAUCCGUACUAUCUUCAAGGCGCGGCUUUCAAGGGUAUCGGUGGGCCGCAUGUCGGUUUGAGGUCGGCAUGGCCGAUGAGUUUGCUCGUGCAGGCAAUGACCAGCGACGACGAUGACGAGAUCACGCAGCUUUUGCAGGCUGUGAAGAAAGCCUCACCUCUCGGCCUGAUCCACGAAAGUGUCAAUGUGGAGAGGCUGACGGAUUACACUCGCAGCUGGUUCGCAUGGGCCAAUAGCGUCUUUGCUCAGACCAUAUUGGAUCUGGCGGAGCGCAAACCACAUAUCCUCUUCAAGCCUGGCGCAGAGAAGUAUGUAGUGGAUGAGAGUUAG